AGUCUGCCCAUAGAGAAGUUAAUAAAUUUCUGUUAAUAAGAAAACCUAUGAAGCUAUCCUAUAAAGAAAACUAGAACUUUAUGACAAGAACAUAAAGAACUAAAGUAGUUUAGGUUAGAAAAUAAUCUGUUCUUUCGAAAUUAUUCAAGGUUGGUAUAUUGUUUGGAAAGCAUUCUUAUCAAGGUUUAACUUUGUACGAGAAUUGUUGGGGACUCUGAAUGGUAAUUCUCAAUUAACUAAUUCUCAAGAAACACGAAGUAGACCAAGGAAAGCUAGACGUGACUAAUUAAUAUUUGAAAAUGAAUAUUCGUUGUGCUAAACCUGACGAUUUAAUGAACAUGCAACAUUGCAAUUUGCUAUGUUUACCAGAAAAUUAUCAAAUGAAAUAUUAUUUCUAUCAUGGACUGAGUUGGCCUCAACUUAGUUAUGUUGCUGAAGACGAAAAAGGAAAUAUUGUUGGAUAUGUUUUAGCCAAAAUGGAAGAAGACAAUGAAGAUUUAAAACAUGGUCAUAUUACUUCUUUGGCAGUAAAGAGAUCCUAUCGCCGUUUAGGUAUAUUAAACAUUUUACCUUUAAAUUUAUAUAAAAAUGCUUUGAAAUUUGAGACUGUUGAAAUCGAACCAAAAUACUAUGCUGACGGGGAAGAUGCUUAUUCUAUGAGAAGAGAUUUGUCCGAAUUUGCCAAGAAAAUCAAGAAGCGGGAUGGUAAAAAAGACGAUAAACCUGAAGAGUAGUUAAAAUGUACAUAUAAAUAAUUCGUAUUUACAGUAUCUACAUUUUAAAUUUUAAUUAUCAGUUAUAAUAGUCUACCUUUGCUUAAAAAUAUAUACAUAUUAUAUAUAAUACACACAUAUAUCUACAUAUACUCUGUGAGCAACAUAAAUUGAAACUGCCAAUAAAUUUAAAUAAAUUAAUGGUU